AUGGCUCGCUCAUCCACAACCUCCAAAUCACCUAAGCCAGCCAAGAAGAAGUCAGAACCAACGGAGCCUUUACUUACGCAAAAGAAUUUUGAACAAGAGCUUAAGGCUCUAGCUUCCAAGGCUAAAGAAGAGACAUGGAGUAAAUGGGCGACGGGACAAGCUCUGGUAUUACUUCAAUCGGGCACGCUGUUGACCCUGUCAGCCAUCUACUCCAAUGCAUCCCAACUCACCUUAUCUCCUAUAUAUGGAUCUAUUCCAGCUUCAAUAUGGCAUUCCCAGGGGGUCAUGGCGGCUUGUUUUCUAGGAUGGUCUUUCAAUCUGUUUAUUCGGCGGCGGUCGCCCGUCAAACCCGUCACGCUAUUACCGGUCAUCGCCGCUUAUAUUCCUGUGGUGCAGUUUUUUAUGUUUAAAAUCAGUGGAUUCAUGGGGGCUGUUUAUGGACCUAUUAUCACUGAGGCCGUCACGUUCUUUCCGCUACUGUUGCUGUCAGUUUCAUCCACAGCUACCACUUUGGACGAUUUGGACAUGAAUCCAGGCCGCUUACCAUGGUUGUUUGACGCCAUGCCCGGGAUCUCCUCUUAUGCAUUUUACAGGACGAUGGAAUACCUCUCAGGAAAAUAUAUCCAGCAAACCAUCGGAUCGACUUUCAUCCAUACUAGACUCGGGCUCGAGAUCCUGCUGGCAGGUCUCUACAGCAUAUUUGCUCCAUCCAAACUCCUGCUAUAUGCCCUUCCCGCAGUCCUGCAUACAGCAAUCUUCAACUACCACGUCCCUCACGCAACAUCCUGGCUAAACGCAUCAAUGACUAAAACUGGUUGGUCUCUAAUUGACCGUCAAGAAUCUCUUACGGGUUAUGUCUCCAUCAUUCAGAGCGCCGAGGACGGAUUCAAAGUUAUGAGAUGUGAUCACAGUCUACUCGGUGGGGAGUGGCUUGCCACACAGUCUCCAAGUGGUCUCGCCGAACCUAUUUACGGCGUCUUCGUAAUGCUAGAGGCCGUUCGUCUUGUGGUGGUACCACAGCCUGUUCCUGAUGAGCAGUCAUCGGCUUUGGUCAUUGGACUGGGAAUAGGCACCACCCCCUCUGCCUUUAUAACCCACGGCAUCGAUACGACAAUCGUAGAGAUCGACCCAGUGGUUCACUCCUUCGCCACGACAUACUUUUCCCUCCCUCCCAACCACACACCAGUAAUCGCCGACGCCGUGGCAUACGCCUCGGAGACUGCAAAAGAAGGAAAGCAAUACACGUAUAUCGUGCAUGAUGUGUUUACUGGUGGAGCUGAACCGGUCGAUCUGUUUACUCUAGAGUUCAUCCAGGAUCUACAUGCUAUGCUUGCUCCGUGGGGAGUCAUCGCUAUUAACUACGCAGGUGAUCUCACCCUCCCAUCAGCUCUAAUAGUAAUCCGCACAAUAAAGUCCGUCUUCCCCCGCUGCCGCAUCUACCGGGAAUCCCCCGCACCCCCACCCGCACAGAUCCUAGAGGACGGCCGAGACUUCAUCAACAUGGUUAUAUUCUGCACCAAAGAAUCCUCAAAUGACCAAAUCACCUUCCGGGACCCGACCGAGGCCGACCUUUUGGGUAGUAGGGCGAGGGAAAUGUUCUUGUUGCCUAGGCAUGAGGUUGAUGAGCGUGCUUUUGAAGAAAGCAAUGAGAAGGGUGAGGGCCCUAGUGGGAUGCGGAUUUUGAGAAAGAAUGAGACGGAGGAGUUCACACCGUGGUUGCAGAAGAGUGCUUUGGGCCAUUGGGAAGUUAUGAGGACUGUAUUGCCACCCGAGAUUUGGGAGCAGUGGUAA